GGGUUCAGACGUAGAAUUUAAAAAGAAAUGCAUCGUGAACUGGGCUUAGUUCUUGUCCUGCUGGCCGUUUCGGCAUGGGGUGCUCCACAAAAGUACCAGGACAACCGACCAGAGGACCCGGUCCCAGUUGAGACAAUCACGACAUGCGGCGGUUACAUUGAAACUUCAUCGGGCACAAUAAACUAUCAAGUCGGGGGUUCAAUUAGGGCAGAUAUGCGAUGCAUUUGGACCCUGAGGGCCCCCGUACUUAAUCAACGGUUCGUCCUCGUCUCAUCCGGCCUUCAUGAGACGGACGGUCUGUAUCUGACCGAUUUUGGUUAUUCCGGCACAGGAACAGGGGCCCAACAAAGGGUCACAACCGUCGGCCAGAAUUACACUGUCACUUCGAGAAACGUUUUGAUCACUUUGAACGUCGGAAACGCGCCCACGUUCGGAUUCAGCCUCCAGUUUUUCUCCAGUGGGGCAGAAAACAAUCAAUUGUUGACCGGUCAUACCAGUUUGACCGCGGUGAGCGGCAACUACAGCUACCCGCCGGGUGGAGGGCAGUACAACAAUAGUGAGACGGCUUGGUUCACAAUCUGUCCCUCGGUUCCGUCCCGACCAACGUUACGAUUCACCCGGGUAGAUGUGGAGCAUAACGGACAAUGCGGGUUCGACAGUGUGAGCACGUUUACCUGGUUUGAUAAUCAGUUCACCGAAGUUGCCAUGUUUUGUGGAACAACUAUUCCCACCAGCCUUAGUUUACAAGGGGGAAUAGGUUUGAUCAGAUUUAGCAGUGAUGCCACCGACGCCAGGACGGGAUUCGACUUUGAGUGGGAGUAACGGAAGACGUGGUUACACACAUACUCCAUUUAUCAAAUUUUAAUUUUCUGAUUCAUUAUUUCGGUAAAAGAUGGACACCUGUGUGUUUCAUAUAAACUUAAUAAAGUCAUACAUUGCUACAAUGUCGAUGGCCUGGGGCUAUGUGUGAUAAAUACAUAAA